AUGGCAGGAGAAAUCUACAACAUCGUGAAGCUCGUCCCUCGGCCGGAGAAGUUCAACGAGCUCGUGGAAGCAUUCAAAACCCUCUCCAAGCACGUCCAGGAACAGGAGCCCAAGACCCAAAUCUACUUUGCUCUGCAGCCGCCCAAGAGCCAGGAGCUUAUUAUUGUGGAGAAGUACACAGACAUCGACAACCUGAAAGCCCACGCCGGCUCGUCGGAGUUCAAGACGUUCUUCAAGGCUGUGGGACCGCUGUUGGCGCAGCCUGCUGAGAUUAAGACUUCGUCUUUUGUGGGGGGAUUUGAUGGUCGGGCUAAGCUUUAG